AGCGCAGAAACAUUUCGAUGAAGAAGAAAAGGAACCCAAUGGAAUUCGUCCUCAGUUUAUUAGUCUGCUGUGUCUGUCUGCUAGCAAAACAACAGUUUUAGUCGUUAAUAUUCAAGUGUAUGUACCUCAUGAGUAUCAGAGAAUGUCUACCCGGGCUCUUCGAAGGCUUAAAGGGAAACAGCGAGGCCAGGAGGCGUUAGACUUGGGGGAUCUAACUUUGGGUGACACCCCGGAGGAGCAGGCUGAGGCUGAAGAGGAGCAGUUGGACACGGCUAACGUUUCUCCUUCCAACAAGAAAAGUGACGGCCGAAAGGCAAAGAAAAGCAAGGCUCAGAAAAAUUUCAGCAACAUUUACGAGUUGAUCGGUAGUACAGACAUCGAAGGAGAAAAAAUUUCAGCUGAUGAAGAGGCAGAGAAACCAAACAGAAACAAAACAAGCGACCCAGCAAAGAAUGACAAUAGAGACACCGAUAAACUGGAUCAAAAGCACGAGGAAGAGUCAGCCAAGCCCCCUGGAGACAGAGUUAAAAAGAAGAAGAAGAAGAAAAAGACAAAAGUGACAUCAGAAGAUGGACAGGAGGCUGCAGCAGAUGAUAACAUUGAUUUAUUGCUGGAAAACUUGGAGCAGUCUAACGGUCUGAAUUUGCAAAAUGACGAUUCUGGAGUGUCAGACAGAAGACCUGUGCUACAUGUGGAGCACAGGAAUCUCAACUCUGAGACGGAGCUGAAGAGAUAUUUUGGGGCUCGAGCUGUUCUAGGGGAUCAAAGGCCUCGACAGAGAAACAGACAGUUUCACCGUAGCACUUGGAUGACCAGUCCAAAGGACAGCUGGCCUCGCUUCAGCCGCCCAGGAAUCUCAAUGACCUUACUGGAGACAAAGGACGGCGUUCAUUACUUCACGUUUGAGCACAGUCGGGAAUACCAACAAGUGCAGUUCAAGUUCCUGGAUGCCGUGGAGUCCAUGGACCCCAACAACAUUGUGGCCCUGCUUCAGCUUAACCCCUACCACAUCGAUUCCUUGCUGCAACUUUCUGAUGUCUGUCGCAUACAAGAAGACCAGGAGAUGGCUAGGGACCUUAUUGAGCGAGCUUUGUAUAGCUUUGAGUGUGCUUUUCAUCCUUUAUUCAGUCUGACGUCGGGCACCAGCAGACUGGAUUAUCUGAGACCAGAAAACAGAGCAUUUUAUCUGGCUCUGUAUAAGCACAUGAUGUUCCUGGAGAAGAGAGGAUGCCCAAGGACAGCUUUGGAGUACUGCAAACUUAUCCUGAGUUUGGACCCGGACUCUGACCCUCUUUGCAUGCUGCUGCUCAUUGAUUUCUUGGCACUUCGAUCCAGAGAGUACCAAUCCGUCCUUCAGUUAUAUCAGGACUGGGAGGAGCACAGAAAUCUGUCUCAGCUGCCAAACUUUGCAUUCUCCACUGCCCUUUGUCAUUUUCAUCUAAGUCAGCAGGAAAAUAUGGACCCUGAAGAAAGUCACAAACAAAGGCACAAAGCCGACCAGCUGCUGCAGAUUGCCCUCAUCAUGUUCCCUGCAGUCUUGAUGCCUUUACUGGAUCUGUGUACUGUGCAGCCAGAUGCCGCAGUCACCUCCCAUAGCUUCUUUGGUCCAAAUAGUCAGAUAAGGCAGCUGCCAGCUCUGGCUGAACUGACAGGUCUGUAUGUGGGGAGAACUUGCACUCUGUGGAGGGAGGCUGCAGUAAUGCUUUGGCUGGAAGAGAUGGUGAAAGAAGUGCUGCGACGAGUUGAUGCCAAAGACCCUGUAGUGGAGGACUGCCAAAACAAGAGAAAGCAGAGGUACCAAAGUGCACCAAGGAACAUCCAUCGCCAUGUCCUACUCUCUGAGAUCAAAGAAGCCACCUCAACUCUGCCUCUGGAGGUGACCACUCAGCCUGUGAUGGGGUUUGAUCCUUUGCCUCCACUCGACUCAGUGAUAUCAUAUACACGACCAGAAAGGCCGCGUGUUGGUGCAUCCAAUGAGAGUACACUCUCACUGUUUUUCCGGUCAUUGCUGCCAAACUUUAACAUUCAGGAUCCACCGAGGCAGGAAGAUGACAUGGAAGUGGCUCGAGCUGGUCAGGAGCUGAACCAGGAAGUAAAUCGCCUAAUGGUGGCAAUGAGGGACAUGCUGGCAAAUAUCCGGUUUCAGGAGCCACCAAGAGAGGACAACCCCUACAGAGAUGAUGAUGAAUGGGACUGAAAGAGGAGAUAGAGGUGGACUAAGUGAUGGAUGAAGAGGAAUAAAACUGAAAAAAAAAGCGAUGUUAAUAAUUACAAGGAAAAUAAGUUGGACAGCUGGAUAUUAUUUUGUUGUCAUAAUUUCAGAAUAUUAGGCUGAUUUUAAAAAACAAACACAAAUACUACUGGGGUAAUGUAGAUGGAUGUGAACCUGGCACACUUUGUUCCAAGCUCAGAAAGCAGAUUGUUAGUUGGACCUGUCGUGUUGCCAAGGUUAAGUGUAUUAUUUAUAAUUAUUAGUUCCAUAAUCAGUUUCCAAGCAUUGUCAGUUCAGCAGCACUAACGGAUAAUAAGUCCUGCUUUUCUUCCUCUGGUUUCUGGCUUUCUGAGAGUUUUUCAUUUUCUCUCAUAAACACCUGCAGUGGAAGCUUUACGAAGCUAGAGUGAGAUUCAUGUAGUCUCAUUCUGAGUGCAAGUUCUAAAGCAAACUGCUGCUUAUCUGCACCUUAAUACAUAUACACAGAAUCAUAAAAUUUUUAUUCUCAUUGAUUUGAUCACUCCCAAUAAAAACAAACUGAAAAAUC